AUGGAUAAGUCAUGGAUGCACGAGGAUAGAAGAUCGAAGGCAUAUGAGUUAGGGGUGGAAGCAUUUUUGAAAUUUUCAACAGAAAAUCUUCUAACCACAACACUUAUUCACUGUCCAUGUGUUAAAUGUGAGAAUGUUCAAUUGUUUGGUGUUGGAAUUAUAAGGGACCACUUAUACUUUAAUGGAGUUGACCAAAGUUAUAAGAAUUGGACAUUUCAUGGAGAACCUUGGCAAGCAACUACUAAUGCUAGUAGAAAUGUGGAAGAAGAUGAUGAACAUAGUAGGUACAGUUUUGUGUUUGAAGAAAUAGAGAUGGAUGAUAAUGAUUUAGGCAGUUUUGGAUAUGAUCCUUAUGAGUUUGCCAAUAUGAUUGGCGAUGGAGAUCAACCCUUAAUUGUUGAUACUUCAAGGAGAAUUGCUUCCAGAAGGAAAUACAAUACAUUCCUCUAUGAACUCGUUGAUGAUAAAUUGCCUGAGUUUGGUAAUGAGCCGAGAAACUUGAGAUUGGCUCUCUCAUUUGAUGGAUUCAAUCCCUACAGUUCUCUAAGUACCAGAUACAGUUGCUGGCCAGAUGGGAUUAAAGGAGUGUAUGAUGCUCAUAUAGGAGAAUACUUUACACUUAGAGCUGCAUUACUGUGGACAAUUAAUGAUUUUCUCACUUAUGGAAACUUAUCUGGUUGUAUCGUAAAAGGAUAUAAAGCUUGUCCAAUAUGUGGUGAUGAUACACCCAGUCACAGGUUGAAAAAUGGCCAUAAAAUAUGUUACAUCGGGUAUAGAAAAUGGUUACCAAUAUAUCAUCCAUAUCAGAGGCAACGUGCAGCUUUUAAUGGGAAACCUGAAUAUGACAUGCCUCCAAAGCCAUUAACUGGAGAAGAAGUGUUACAAAUGAUUGAAUGUAUUAAUUAUAAAUGGGUCUCGAAAAAAAUGGGAGGUGGAAGUGAAAAUGAUGGUGACAGAGUCUGUUGGAAGAAGAAGUCAAAAUUCUUUGAUCUCAAGUAUUGGAAAUACCUUCCUGUGAGGCAUGCCCUUGAUGUUAUGCAUAUCGAGAAAAAUGUUUGCGAUAAUAUCAUUGGUACGUUGUUGGAGAUCCCUGGAAAAAAUAAAGAUGGGAUUGCUGCUCAUUUGGAUUUAUUGAACAUGGGAGUCAAGAAUGAUUUGCAACCUGAGUAUGGAGAAAGACGUACUCGAUUGCCUACAGGGCCCUGGAAUUUGUCCAGAGCAGAGAAGAGAGCGUUUUGCAAUUCUUUCUAUGGUAUGAAGGUCCCUGAAGGUUAUUCUUCAAAUAUUAAAAAUCUUGUAUCUUUACAAGAUUCAAGACUUCUUGGGCUUAAAUCACAUGAUUAUCAUACCUUGAUGCAACAAUUGCUCCAUGUGGCAAUUCGUUCUAUCCUAGAGAAGCCUGCAAGGUAUGCAAUAACUCGAUUAUGCUUCUUCUUCAAUGUUAUAUGUGCAAAGACGGUAGAUGUUUCCAAGCUAGAUAAGUUGGAAGAAGAUGUAGUAGUAACUUUGUGUUUGCUUGCCAAGUACUUUCCCCCUACAUUCUUCGAUAUCAUGGUUCAUCUAGUAGUACAACUUGUCAGAAAAGUUCAUCUAUGUUGCAUUGUUGAGCAGUAUAUAACUGAAGAAGUUGGAGAGUUUUGCACCGAACAUUUAUCUGAUAUUAGUACAGUUGGAGUGCCAUCAAGCAAGAAGAUGAGACUUUCAAAGCCCUUAUCAGGUUGCACAGUGAGUUUAGUUGAUCGGGACUUGUUGAAUCAGGCACAUCUAUAUGUCUUGGAGAAUACGGAGGAAGUUCUACCUUAUAUCGAAGAACAUACGAUCCACAUCAAGACCACUUAUCCAAAAUUUAGAAAGAGAACAAAGUGGCUACAAGAUAAGCACAAUACCACUUUCAUUCAAUGGCUACGCUUUAAGGUUCAAAUUCAACUUAAUGGGGAAGACAAUAAUGGUGUAUCAGAAAAUUUGAGGUGGCUAGCAGCUGAUCCAAGCAUGGCAGUGCCAUCAUAUAGGAGCUAUCUUAUCAAAGAUAGCACUUCUGGCCUUGUAGUCGAUGAACUUGGAUUUACCCUUGUAGAUUUGAGUAAAAUUGGACAUGUGAAUAACCAAUUUGUUAAAGUCAAACAAGUAUUUUUGGUUGACGACCCAAUGCAUCAUGGUUGGUCAGUAGUGUUAUCAAUGCCUAAUAGAGAAUAUAAUGAUGUUAUUGGUGAUGAUGUCUUAGGUGAUGUGAGAAUUGAGUGUGAGACAUUUACUAGAGGGAUGCCAAAUGUUGACACAUUGAUGAACUAG